CUCUUCUGUUAGUCGACAACGCGCGCCGAGGAACGAUGCCGAUGAAGGAACGCGAGCGCGAGGUGUUGUUUAUGUGAUAUCUAAUCGGAAUAUUUUCGACCGCGCGUGUUCCCCCGACACGCGCGCAGGAUCGCCGCGCUAACGUGAGUACGAUUUAACACGCCGUUGCCAAGUGUUUCGCGUCGAAUCGACCGCGAGUGCUAAUCAUGGCGGACGCAACGUUCGACUCGGGCAAACAAUCUACGCCGUAUCUCACCGACUUUCCUGCGACGGUACAGUACGGAUGGUUCAGAUCCGGCGAGCCGGACACCGUUGUUAGCUGCGAAAAACAACCGGACGUGUACAUAUGUUUGAACGGUGGUGUGAAUUGUCGAAUUGUCGGUAAGACAGGCGCAUACGAGUGGAAGUUCAACAUCUUCACGACAGGAGGUAAGCAGUUGCGGAACGUAGCCUUGCUAUCAAACGAUUUUCGCGACAACUUCGACUUGAAGACCGUGUUUGAGGACGGCAUCAAGAUCGGUGUGACAAACGGCAACGAAUGGCACGAUUCCUCUAUUGCAAACACUUUCGAUCCAUGCAAGAAGAGACACUACACGGUGACGAUCGCGUUCACCGCCAACAAUCACGGCACGUAUCGGCAGAACGUGAUAUUCGGAUUCAGACGUAAUCCGGUAUAUCUGCAGAAGAUCUGCGCGGACUACCUCUCGAUCAACGACUAUAAGCGCAUUCAACUGGCCACCAAAUAUCAGAUUUCGCAAAUGUCACCGAUAUGGGGAAAUCCUUACGAGUUCGAUUCGAUUUCCUUCAUGUCGUCUUAUACAGAUCCCAGAGAGAUCAAAUUAUCCAAGAUCUAUCCCCUUCCCGACAAACAGAAUUUCUUCCUCACCCAGGACACGUUGUCGGAAAAGGAGCUGACGCCACAGAACUAUCGGGGUCGUUUGCACGAAAUGAUCACACUCGAGGAGAUCGCCAGACACGAGCAACUCUCGAGAUAUAAUCACAUCUCUUAUGUGGGAUUGCUCUCGAGUUACGAGCUGACGAAUAAUAACUCUACCGAGACCAAAUAUGCGCCGCCCGGUGAACUCUUUGCACAGCUCCUGACCAAUCGAGAUAUCCUGGAGGACACGCAGAGCGGUAGGGUCAUGCAACGCAGCUGUAAUAGCGUUCUACUUAAGAUGCGACCCAACAACAACUCGGAACAUCGGAUUUUCCAUGCUUACAUCGAGGACAAGUGCCCGCCGUACUUAUUCGUCAGACUGAGCAAGGAUUGCGUCAACUUCUGGCGCUCGGCGGAGCACGCCAAUACUGACGUCCAAUUGGAGGUGCAAUUUGUGCUGAACCGUUUAAAUUUCUGCGAGUGGCACUUAGCAGUCGACGCUCUUCAGGAUGUGAACCUGGUCUUCUUGAGGGACGAACAUCUGCAGAUCGACAAAGAUAUUAUUCACAACUUCCUGCAGAUCGAUGCGAACGACCUCAACUUCAUUUCCACUUUGAUGUUGAAUUCGGUCUUUAAUCAGGAACAGAAGCAAGCAGCUACGGUGAUGACACUGCCGGUCAACACCACUCCUUCGGCGCCUGUGCUCUUGCUGGGACCCUUCGGCACGGGCAAGACGUUCACACUGGCGCACGUGCUGCACCUGCUCGUGCAGAAUCCAGACAAUCGGAUACUCUUGUGCACGCACAGCAAUAGCGCCGCGGAUCUUUACAUCAAGGAAUGCUUCCACUUCUGGUACACGAAGAAUAAAAACCACAGAUUUAAGCCCGUUCGGAUUUAUUACAAAAGGCGCGCAUUAAACACGGUGCAUCCGGUGGUUCGGCAAUACUGUCUGAUGGACGAACAUUACUUCUUUCGCGACCCGGAGGAGAAUGAUCUUCGCGACUGCGGUCUAAUAGUGACCACACUGGCGACUUCGAGUUGCCUGAUCAAAUUGGAUCUAGAUCUGACUCACAUAAUUAUUGACGAAGCGGCCCAGGCGUUUGAAUGCGAGGCGUUGGUAGCUUUGACACUGGCCAAUGCUCAUACUCGUCUAAUCUUGGCGGGUGAUCACAUGCAACUCGCACCGGAGAUCUAUAGCGUAUUGGCGAGCAAUCUAGGACUGGGCAUUAGCCUUCUCGAAAGGAUGAAUAAUUUCUAUCCGUCAAAUCAUCCGUGUCGGAUACAUCUGUGUCACAAUUAUCGCGCGCAUAAGGACAUAAUCGAUUAUACGUCCAAGACAUUCUACAACGGCAAAGUCAAAUCUGCCAACACGGAAUUAAAGAGACAUCCGAUUCUAAAACCACUGACGUUUUAUGCCGUCAACGGAUCAGAAAAAAAGGACGUACACUCUACGGGAUACUACAACGAGUCAGAGGCACAAAUGAUAGCAGGAUGCGUUGAAGAAUUGAAAAACACAUGGCCGACCGAACAAUGGGGUCCCUACGGCGAGGGAUCCAUUGGAGUUCUGGCGUACUAUCCCGAGCAAGUUUUAACAUUGCGAAAAGAAUUACGCAAUCGCUAUCUUUCUGACGUAUCCGUUGAAAGAGUGUUAAACGUUCAAGGCAAACAGUUCACCGCGGUGUUUAUCAGCACGGUGCGAACGAAGACAUGUGACAGAUUGUCCGCCGAGGCGAAAGUCAAGGAUUACGGAUUUCUGACGGAUCCGCGCUUACUAAACACCGCGUUGACGAGAGCAAAGUGUCUUGUGGCGGUCUUCGGCGACCCGAUCGCUCUGCUCACCAUAGGUUCUUGCAAAGAGCACUGGAAAAAAUACAUGGAAGUCGCCUCUCUGCAGGGUAUCGAUCUGGAACAGAUAAAGGCAUGCCUGAUGGACGUUCCCAAGCUACAAAUGUGUCCGUUGAACCCACUCGCGGAAGUAUUUGUUCCCCGAAUACAGCCCUUCAUUCGAUAUGUUCAAAUACCACUUGCGUACAAUGUACCAAUAAGAUAUAUCGUAUCGCACCCACCGCAAACCAAUGUUUUGAUGAAAACACACGCAGUUCAAAAUCAAAAUUUCACCGAGCUUCCUCCUCUGGUUGCCCCAGAUUAUUGUCGUCCGUUCUAAGAAACAGAGUCGUUGUACAACUUGCCCUUACGUAGCGGUGUACUGUUCUUUUCGAUCGUAUCGAUCGCACACACAAAAAUUUACCGAACUGACGAGUUCCAUGCAUGUCAUUUCUCGAUUUUUUACCUGCGUGAUGGCUUAUGCAUUACGGACAUGUAUAUAAACUAUAUAUAUAUAUAUAUAUAUAAAUUAUAUUAACUAACGUAUAUAUCAUUGUGUGUAUGUGUUUAUGAAUUUGUUAUCGAUAGAUGCCUACUAUCGUGUGGUAAGAUCUGGUGGCCUGAACGUUCUUUUGCUACGAGGAAAAAAACAACAAAAAACAAAACAAAAAAAAACAAAAAACAAAAAACCAAAACAAAAAACAAAAAA